AUGUCGCGUCCCACCUCCAUCCCGUCGGCCGCGGCGAGGUGGUCCUUGGCGCUGGCGCCGUCCUUGGCCACGGCGCUGUCGUUGUCGUCGUCCCUGCGCAGCGCAGCGACUGCGGUCGAGUCGCAUCAGGACGACAGCCCGAGACUCGCACCCGUGGCGGUGCUGUCGGAAAUCGCAUUGGCCAACUCGCGCCGCCUCUGCGCCGCGCCACACUCGUUGCCCUCUCUCUACCGUCGUCCCUCCGGCUUACGGGCGCGCUGUAACAGUGGCAACGGGUGCAGGUCCAUCUUGUCAGCAGCACCAUCGCCAGCACCUGCACGGCGAAACCGCCACGUCUGCCCCGAAUGUGGCAAGCGCUUCCUGUGUGAGCCAAACCUUGUCCGCCAUCGCACCACUCGUCACGGUGUCCAAGUCGUGUCUGCGAGCGAGGUGGCUCGAGCGCAGAUCGCCGCGCGCAACGCGCGGCUGCAGCAAGAGCUUGCCCACGUGCAGGCACGCGUGAGGCAGCUGCGCGAGGGCGGCGGCACCGCUGCCACGGCGGAGCCCGCCAUCGAUGCGGCCAGCGCGUACCCCAGCGCGGUGCUGACCGGGCGCUUGAUGGAGGUGGACGAGGGGGUGGAGCGGGCGUGGCGGGACAGUGGACGGGGGCUCGGCACCGGCGUAUCGUUUGCGAGCUGCAUCGGCACCGUGCGCGGUCCAGUGGAGGUGGGGACCCUGCGCGGGGCCACCCCUGCCUCCACAUCGGAGACUCCUGCGGCGGGGCCGCGCGUCCUGCAAUUUGUGUUGGAGGUGCACGGGUACCGGGAGCGCCGCCCUGGUCAGCUGAAGAUGUACCGGUCGCACCUCCUGGUCCGCUACGUUGCCUGGCAGCCGUACCACCGCUACGGCGAUGACAAUGGCGUGGCCAGCGCGCCAGCACCCUCUCCUCCCGCCACCGCGCCGCUCCUCUUCAAGGUGCAGGAGGGCGAUCUCCUGCGCGUCCAGGGGCACUACGCGCUGCACAGCACCUACGACAUGAUAUCGACGCAGUCCGUGGAGAACGUCGUCUUGGAGGCGGACGCGGUCGGCAUGCUGCGACCGGCACCCCCGAAGGAGGCGUCAACGGCGCAGAGGGAGAGAGACGGCAGUCCGACGCGGCAGCUGUUCUCAUCGACGCCACCGCCCUCGCGGCAGGCGACUACCCCGACGGAUAGGGACACCGUGAACAGCACCCAUGAUCGCUGCCCUGACCAAGACUCGGCGAUGUCUGCAGCACCCUCUGCCGCCGCCGCGGCUGUGGCCUCUGCAGACGUGUUGCUGCGGAAACACCGGAAGUCGAUACGGUCGACGCGAAAGCGCGGUAGUCACGCACGCCCGUGCCGGAGAGGGGAAGGCGGUGGUGGCGGCAAUGAUAUGUGCUCCGCCGCCGCAUCGUAA